CAUCAAUAUCAUGUCCAGCCUCAAGUCCUUAACUCCGCUCCAGCAAAAGCAGCUUGCCGAAUAUAUUGCCAGGGUUUUGUCUGUUUAUGGUUUCAUCACAGAUUCCUACAUUAUUGAAUUUUUCACCGACAACCUGUGGGAGCAACUUCCAGAAUCCUGGAGAAAGGCCCUGUCGGAUCUUUCAUCCCCUGAAUUAGCUGAGCAGCUGCUGUCUAAUGGAGGGAGAGAUUCUAUCAGUUACAGGUCAGUAUGGCCGCUGAGCCUGUUAGCGCUGAAGGCGACGGCACACUGCCUGGCGUUUCCCAGGAUUCCUGUGAAUGAGGCGGCCAACAAAAACCAUAAAAGGCCGGAGGAAUUUUGUGAAAAUCACUGCCAGAGCAACAAGCUGGAUCCUCUCUUCCGGAAGCAUGUGAAGCCGAAAAAACAGCACGAAAUCCGGCAGCUGGGCAAGCUGGUGAGGAUACUGAGUGAAGUAACCGGAUGUGAGCAAGUGGUGGACAUCGGCUCUGGCCAGGGCCACUUAUCGCGGUUCUUGUCCUUUGGCCAAGGUCUCUCUGUUACAGCGGUGGAGGCUGACAAACAUCUGGUUACAAUGGCUGCCAAGUUUGACCAUGACUUGAUGUACAUGUUAGAGAAAAAGAGCCACAUUAUCACUGACCUGUCUCCAAACCCUCCGAGGCAUGUUAUGGCGUGGGUUGAUCCCAAGGCAUCAUGGGAAGAUCUGGCUAAACAGUUGGGUGAAUGUUCAUGUGUGGUAAACCGCAAAUGUGGUGGCCAUUUUAAAGCACAAUGUAUUGGUGGUACUGUGAAUGGACAUGCUGAUCCGGGCUCCAGUACAGAGAACCCAGGGGAGUGUCUCAAUGUAAAGCUACAUUCUGGGCAGACUGCUCCUGUUCUAGGAAUAAACUCACAUUCAUCUCAUGGAUUAGCCAAACAUUCUGCAUUUGAGCCUGUUACAUGUUCCUGCCAUGAUGGACAGGUUCCAUAUUCACCUUCAGACAAGUUUCUCCUCACAGGACUCCAUGCAUGUGGUGACCUUAGUGUGGCCAUGUUGCGCCACUUUGCAAGGUGCCCUAGUGUGGUGGGAAUCACCUCCGUUGCUUGUUGCUAUAUGAAGUUAAGCACCAGGGAAAUGCCAGAACCACCGGGUGUCCUGUCUUCUUCCCACCCUGCCCAGGCAACACAACCACUAGAGUAUGGCUACCCACUUAGUUCUUGGGUUGCCCGGCUUCCCGGACACAAACUGUCGUAUAAAGCACGGGAGGUGGCCUGCCAUGCCAUAGAGGAUUAUAUGGAACGGCUACGGGGGGAAAGCGCCAUUCUGAGAACCCAUUGCUAUAGAGCUGUGCUGGAAACCGUUAUCCGCAGUAUCGAUCCCAACAUGAAACGCCCCGGGGUGCAGACCAUUAAGAAGGCCCACGAGCUGCCAUUCAGAGAGUACGCUCGCGAGGGGCUGAAACGGGUCGGGCUGGAUCCCGGCACCACCUUGGAUGAAGUGCUAGUGGAGCGACUGCUUUCCCAGCAUCAGAAGGUGGUGGCUUUCUUUAGCCUGGCCCUGCUAUUGGCUCCAUUAAUAGAAACUCUCAUACUGCUGGAUAGGAUGAUUUUCCUACAGGAGCAGGGAUUUCAUUGUGAUCUGAUCCCGCUGUUCAAGCCGGAGUUUUCCCCCAGGAAUCUGGUGCUGGUCGCUACCAAAGCAGGAGCUUCUCCAGUUAAUGUUUGGCAGCAACUCGAGCAGUUAGGGGAACGGGCAGGCAACGGCGUACUUAGUGGCACAGAGAAGGGUGCGGCUGUACGGUAGGCUCAUCCCAUCCCAGUCAUAGUCAGUAUUCCUCAAAUAUUUUAAUUUUA